GACUCUCGAGAAAAUAAUUCUAUAUCAAGACUUUUGUAUGGCAAAGUGGUUCAGGUGGAGAUGCGUCCUCUUUCUGUUGGCGAUUAUCUAUGGGUUUUGCGUAAAAUUGACGGCACGGAAUUGGUAUUAGAAUGGAUUGUUGAGCGAAAAACAUGGAAUGAUUUGCACCAAAGCAUUCGAUCGGGUCGAUAUGAAGAACAAAAACAACGUUUAUGUCGAUCCCCAAUGAAGAAUCGUGUUUAUCUUGUUGAGGGACCACUUACUACAGAGUUUAGUGCCACGCUUUAUGUAAUUAUACCUGUUACAUUAAUCUUUCAGAUAACUGGAAUGAAAUUCGACCAUUUUCAAGAGCUUUCCAAAAAGACUCAUGUAGACACGGUGAAGGACAUGUGGAUUAGACAAUUAAUGGUCGGUAUCAUUCUCAAUAUUGAAAACACAAACUUAUCUUAA